AUGAAGAUGACGGCCGCCAUAGAGAGCAUUAUGGAGUCGAACUCGGUUGAGGACGAUGAACUGGAUGAGAUCCUGGUGGUAGUAAAAGGGAUAUACCUAGAGCACAUAAGAGACCUCGAAGAGGCUGUAGAAGUAGGCGGCGCCAUGCCUACCCUUAUAGAGGGUAAUACUGGGGCAUUUGAAUGUAUACUUCAACCGUCAUCUCUGCUGAUGCAUAGGUACGAUGGGACUGCCAUGAGAGACAGUGUCUAUGAGCAGAUGAUACUCAACAGAUUCGACGGCACCGCUCAGGCGAGGAACCCAAGGGAGCCCAUAGGCAACCUGCCUAGCGCAUCUAUAGCUACCAAUACCGUCAACAAAACCUCCCCAAAUACCUUCACGACGGCAUGUGAGCCCAUCGACAUGAUGACGAGACCAUCUGCUCUACCUCCUCCUGAUCAGCUCGUUAACCAGGACGUCAAGAAGGUGGCCACCGAUGUGUUCUUAAACGCCAUAGCCACGAAUAGUAGCUACAAUAUGGUCGAUGUGAUAGAUAUGGGCGUUGUAGACGUUGGUAGGGCUGAUCUCACUCUCUUAGCCACGGUGUCUGUGGGUACCACCACGCAGCUGAUGAACGACACCCCUAUCGCAGAGCACAUGUACGAGCCCCUGAGCAUCUCCGGGUACUUAGCCACAAACCCCGACUCGGUGGUCUUCCUGUUCACCUCUGCGACCUUCGACUUGACUUUGGCCCUCGCCAUAUUCAUCUUCAUACUCAUAGUCAUGGCCUAA